AUGAGUGGCUCUAACAGUGGAAGCUCAAAGGUGCCCGGAAUAGUGUCGCCUAGGUUUUCAAACCCGGGCACGAAAGCCAAUCCAGACGGAUCCAUGGGGCACUCCGCUCCUGGAGCGAGUACCCCUGUUCCCCAGGGUAGCGGGAGCCCCGGACUUUCCGCAACCAAGUCUAUCAUGAAUGUGUCCGGUACCUCAGGUGCAGUGGUUAGUAAUACACCGGAGCCAGGGCUGAAAAGAGUGCCUACAGUAACUUUUAGCGAUUCGAAGCCUUUAUCACUUAAACAGCAGGCCGUUAACAACUCUGCGACACAGCAAUCAAAACCGACGACAGGUGAAGAGGCGGAAAAGGUGGAAAGUCUCAGUCCCAGGUUGAAGGCCAGUACCUCGCCUCCUAACGUCAAAGAUACGUCGCCACCACCAUUGUUGGCCAGUGGUGACUCUGCUUCAUUUCAAGGGCGUCAAAACUCAAACUCUAGCUCUGGGCGUCCUGAACCGAAGAAAGGAAAUAUAAUAUCCAAACUCUUGCACUCCGCAGACGUUUUGCACAACAGUCCAAGUCACCAUUCUCACUCGAACGAUCACAGCACCGCGGGCGAAGAAUCACCUAAAGCCACCCCAGUCACGUCUGAUACGGAAUCGAGGAGGGAUUUGAAAGAAGAUCAUCCACAUUUUGUGGUGGAUGACGUAUUGCAUUCCCCUAAUUACAGGUCUAGGUCGAACAGUGCCAGUCCUAUGCCCACAACUACCCCAAACAAGGCUUCUUUUGCCCUAGGGGAGAAAAGGCAGGACUCAACGACAAGACAUCAAGAACCGACUAUUCUCGAAUCUCCGGACGAGGGCCCUGUGGAGACUCCUGUAGAUCCGCUUUCCAACUUUCACCAAAUUGCGCCGAACAUUCCCAAACGCGAAACCGGCAAAAAUUCCGAACCAAGGUUGCCGCAGGACGACGGAAAGUUACACGUUUUGUUUGGAGCCACAGGCUCGCUGUCUGUGCUGAAAAUCAAGGCUAUGAUCAAAAAGCUGGAAGAGAUUUAUGGACGGGAUAAGAUUUCUAUUCAACUAAUUCUAACCCAAGCUGCGGCUCAAUUCUUCACAAACAAGGCCAAGAAACCCACCAAAGUGGAAUCUCGUUCCAUUUCAGAGAGCGGAUUGCCAGUAAGCCCAGGGACUUUCCGUACAGAACCGGCCCUUUCUAAACUUAAUGCUACUACACCCAGUACUGCCUCGCAUAAUCAUAACGUCAAUGCUACUAACCACAAUGGAGCAGGAGCUUCUCUCAAAAUCGAACUACCAGCUCACAUUCAAGUUUGGACAGAUCAAGAUGAAUGGGAUGUAUGGAAACAGCGUAUGGACCCGGUGUUGCAUAUAGAGUUACGCCGCUGGGCUGAUAUCUUGGUUGUUGCUCCUUUGACUGCCAAUACCUUGUCAAAGAUUGCACUAGGGUUAUGCGACAACUUGCUGACCAGUGUAAUUCGCGCUUGGAACCCCACCUUCCCCAUCUUCCUAGCACCUUCCAUGGUAAGUAGCAGCUACAACUCGACCAUCACGAAGAGGCACCUGAAAUUAAUCAAGGAGGAGAUGCCUUGGAUUACUGUUUUCAAGCCAUCAGAGAAGGUGAUGGGAAUCCACGGUGAUAUUGGAUUAGGUGGCAUGAUGGAUGCAAAUGAAAUUGUGGAUAAAGUGGUCAUGAAAUUGGGCGGGUACCCUGAGGACGGCGAUGAGGAUGAGGAUGAAGAUGACGAGGACGACGAAUACGACGAGUCCAAGAGCACACAUCAAAUGCAAGAACAAUCCUUGGACGAUGAAGACGAAGACGAGGACGAUGAGGAUGAAGACGAAGACGAUGAUGACGAGGAAGAUGAAGAAGAGGAGAGAGUGGCUGUAACCAGCUCUCCGAAUGUUACUGGUUUCGAGCUGGGGCCUCAGAUAUCGGCUUAA